AUUAACGAGUUUUGACAUUCAAUUCAAUUCAUACCAAACCUGUUAAACGAGUCAAUAAUUAGCUGUUAUUUAUACAAAACUAUCAUUUGUUUGAAAGCGAGAGUCAUUUGAAACAGCACAUCCCGUCCCAAUCCAAUCCAUUGAUGGCAACCAAAGGUGUAGUGUUCGUGACGGGAGCGGCCGGUUAUGUGGGAUCUCAUAGCGUUUUGGAGCUCAUGAAGAAUGGCUACGAUGUGGUGGCGGUCGACAACUGCAGCAAUGCUGUCAUCCUCGACGAGACCAAUGGUUUGGCCAAAAACGGUGCCACUCUUUCAGGUCAUCACACUUUGCCAGAGAGUCUGCGACGAGUGGAACAGAUUGUGGGCAAGAAGUUGAAGGCCUUCUAUAAGGUGGACAUCUCUGACGAGAAGACAAUCGAUGGCAUCUUCGGUGCCAACAAAUUCGAUGCAGUCAUCCAUUUCGCAGCCCUCAAGGCUGUGGGAGAGUCGUGUCAAAUACCUCUGGCCUACUAUCGCAAUAACGUCGGCGGAACCGUCACUCUGCUCGACAUCAUGAAGAGGAAUGGCGUCAAGAAGUUUAUCUUCUCGUCUUCGGCCACAGUGUACGGCUCUGCAGACUAUCUGCCUAUCGAUGAAAGCCAUCCGACGGGCAGGAACUGCACGAACCCAUACGGAAAGACCAAAUACUUCAUCGAAGAAAUACUUAAAGAUCUCUGCGUUUCAGAGAAGGGAUGGUCUGUGGCUUCUUUGCGAUACUUUAAUCCCGUCGGCGCUCACGAGUCCGGAGAGAUCGGCGAAGAUCCGCACGGAGUGCCUAACAAUUUGAUGCCUUAUUUAUGUCAAGUGGCGGUUCGGCGCAGACCUUAUCUCAAUGUGUUUGGCAAUGACUUCAAGACCAGCGAUGGCACUGGUGUUCGCGAUUACAUCCAUAUUAUGGAUUUAGCGAAAGGACAUGUCAUGACUUUGGACACAAUGCUCGCAGAGAACUGGAACGGUUGGAAUGUCUUGAAUCUGGGCGCCGGUCGCGGCUAUUCUGUUCUCGAUGUGAUCUCAGCGUUUGAGGAGUCGACAGGAGUGAACAUUCCCUACAAAAUAGUUGACAGACGUUUGGGAGACAUCGAUGAGCUCUGGGCUGACGUCCAGAAGGCUAACGACAAACUCAAUUGGAAGGCAGAGCUAUCGUUGAAGGAUAUGUGCGCUCACAGCUGGAAAUGGCAGUCAAAGAAUCCGAUGGGCUAUCAGACCAGUGAAGUGGUUGCUGUCAAAAAUGGUGUCUCCAAUGGAAAUCAUUCCAAUGGUAAUGGUGUGAACGGAAGCAAUGGAAACAAUUUAAAGGCAAUUAAUGGCAAUAAGAAUUAAGGUCUUCACAGCACUCGUUUAAAUUUGCAUCAAAUUUACGUUAAAAUCUUUAUUGUAUUAAUAAUACGGUAUUGAAAACUAG